AAAAUUUUCGGCGAAUCCGCCGCCGCCACACUAAUUUACCUCAAACGCCGCCGCCGAUAUAAAAUAAAACGGCGCACGGGUCUAUUUACUCGUAUUAAAAAUCUUAGAAUGGCGUAUGGACUAACCUAAAUCGGUCCUUUGAGCCAUAUAUGCACCAAACCAAAUUUACUCGUAACCGAAAAGUAGUUAUAAAAAUUAAAAUAUAAUAGAUUAGUGAUUAGAAAAAAAGAAAAAUGAAAAAUUAUUGGAUUUACAAUGUGUUGUGUGUUUUCAUCACUGUUGUUCGUGGACAUGAUUUUCGACAUUUCGACGAUACGGUUAUAUUUAAAAUAAAUUGGUCUGGAAAGAGUGAUACAGAGUUAUUGGAAUCUCACUCAAAUGUGGAAACAUAUUUUAUAACUACAGCAAAUAAUGAAAAAUAUAAAUGCAUAAUUCCAAAUGCAACAGAACAGGAACAGGAGUAUGGUGAAGCAUACAACGGGCCAAAUCCAAUGAAGCUUUUGCAAACAAUAUUUAAUCAAGAUAGUUGCUCUUAUAGACUAGAGUCAUAUUGGACUUAUGAGUUGUGCCAUGGUAAAUAUGUGCGGCAGUAUCAUGAAGAAAGAGAAGGAAAGAAGAGCAAGUUGCAGGAAUAUUUUCUUGGUAAACUUGAUAAAGUGCAGAAAGCAAAGCUAUUUGCUUAUUAUGAAGAACAGGCUAAAGAUUCUAAUAGAAAGAUUAAUAUACCAAUAAAAAAGGUUGAGGGAAUUAAUAUGCCAUAUGUAGAAGUUGAAAUGACUGAUGGUACACUAUGUGAUUUGAGCAAAAAACCAAGAAUCAUUAAGGUGUUAUAUGUUUGUUAUAAACAUGGUAAACAUGAUGUGUUCUCACUCAAAGAGACAAUGACCUGCGAGUAUGAAGCAAUAGUGCUUUCGCCAUUAUUGUGCGAUCAUCCAGAUUAUAAACCACAAAAUACAGGAGAAAAUGAAAUUACAUGUCAACCUGUUGGCAAUGCACCGAAAAAACCAAAAUCUCUUGCACUAAUGGAAUUAGAAAGUCUGAAAUUACGACAUCAACAAUCUGGGGAUGGUGAACAAACAAUAAAAGUUGAAGUACGUCCAUUAGCUGACAUUACUGAUAAGCAUGACAAUAUUGAUGAAUUAGAUAAUACAAUAACUGAUCAAAGUAUUAGUCCUGCUGAAGUAAGUCCUGUCCAGAGUUUCCUCAAUGGAAAGUAUUGUCUACAUGGAGGCACCGGUUGGUGGAAAUACGAAUUUUGUUACGGACGUUCCGUUGUUCAAUAUCAUGUGGAAAAAGAUAGUACAACGACAAUUGUUAACCUUGGGAGAUUCGACAAACAAAAACAUCUAGAAUGGAUAGCCGCGCAUCCGCAUAAGAGACCCAAACCGAUAGAAUUAAGAAAACAUAUCUCACAUUUCUACAGCGAUGGAAGUAAUUGCGAUCAUACUGGUGCUCCCAGGCAAACUGAAGUAAAAUUGAAGUGUGUGGAGCACCAUACUGCAAGCCCAUCUAGUGUAUCGUUAUUUUUAUUGGAGCCAAAAAUUUGUGAAUACGUUUUGGGAGUUGAAUCACCUUUAAUCUGUGAUAUCUUGGAAUAUGCUGAUGAAAAUGGGCUUCUGAAUGAGAAGUUUCAAGCUAAUUUUGACAAAUUAAAAUCUACAACUUUACACGUGGAGCAGGACAAUUUAGAUGAACGGAUAGCUGAUGAUUAAAUGAAAAUAAUUAGUUCAAUUAAUUUAUCUUCUCAAUAUCAAUUUGAAAGUCAAAGGCGUUUAUUUAAAUACGAAAUAAUCAUAUCAUAUUACGUUUGCAUUC